AAUUCCUGUCAAUAAUCCACGCAAUAGAGAUGAAAGUAAAUUAAAUUCUGUUGUCUUCCAUUUCUCAGCACAAAAAUGUCGACAGAUAUAAUCGGAUAUCUUUACGCGGCCACCGUUGCUGCUGGUGGCAUAAUGGGCUACGUAAAAGCUGGUUCCAUUCCAUCCUUAGCGGCCGGUCUAGCUUUCGGUGGCAUUUUGGGCUAUGGAGCUCAUUUAACAUCCCAGGAUCCACCAAAACCCCUUGUACAGCUAGGCACGUCCCUUGUUUUGGCAGGCAUGAUGGGAGCUCGUUGGUCCCGAUCCGGUAAAAUGAUGCCAGCAGGUAUGAUUUGCAUCAUUUCAUGUGCUGCUCUUAUUCGGGGACUGUACACAUUCAACAGACAUUUAUUGCCAACUCGUCAGUAGAAUUUGGCGAUUUGGAAUUUGAUUCCGCGGAAUUGUAGGCAUUUUCUAUUUCUUUUAAUAAUAAAGUGGAGGUGGUGUGAGUACAA